AUGUCGAUUAAGAAAGAGAAGAUCCCUCCGGCCGCUGUGGUUGAGCUCGACAGCAGCGACGACGACGACGACAACCCCUCCGCGCCGCCGAAAAAUCUCCCGUCGCGACAGUCGCCGGCCGUCGACCAGCGAACCCUAGCCUCCCGGAGCUUCUGGAAAGCCGGCGACUAUGUCGUGGGACCCUCCAAGGCGCCGUCUCUGGCCAAAGGGCAACUGGAACACGCGCGAGUCCAUCCCAAGUUUCUUCAUUCCAAUGCCACCUCGCAUAAGUGGGCUUUUGGAGCCAUUGCUGAGCUGUUGGACAAUGGUGUUGAUGAGAUACAAAAUGGGGCAACUUUUGUGAGUGUUGAUAAGAUUGAUCUCAAGAAAGACAACUCGCCGGCGUUACUUUUCCGAGAUGAUGGGGGUGGGAUGAAUCCGGAAGGUCUUCGGAAAUGCAUGAGCUUGGGUUAUUCGACAAAGAAGUCAAACACGACUAUCGGGCAAUAUGGUAAUGGAUUUAAGACAAGUACUAUGAGACUAGGUGCUGAUGUUAUUGUGCUCAGUCGUGCAACUCGUGGAAGCCAAGCUACCCAGAGUAUUGGACUUUUAUCUUAUACGUUCCUACGGAGAACUGGGCAGGAUGAUGUUAUUGUUCCAAUGAUUGAUUUCGACAUCUCUGGGAAUUGGGUUCAACCAAUAAUUUAUAGCUCACUGGAAGACUGGUCUUCUAAUUUAAAAACAAUCCUUGAAUGGUCACCCUUUGGGUCAAAGGAAGAUCUCUUGCAACAGUUUGAGGACAUUGGAGCUCAUGGAACAAAGAUAAUCAUAUACAACUUGUGGCUAAAUGAUGAAGGCGUAUAUGAAUUGAGUUUUGAUGAUGAUGAUGAGGAUAUACGGUUGAGAGAUGAAACAAACCGUGGAAGUUUGACCAAGUUAAACAAAAAAACAGCUGACCUACUGAACCAUGUGUCAUAUCGUCUCCGCUAUUCAUUGAGGGCAUAUGCUUCCAUUCUGUACCUCAGAAAAUUCACAAACUUCCAAGUCAUUAUAAGGGGUAAACCUGUACAGCAAUAUCGCAUUGAAGAUGACUUGAUACAUGUAAAAGUGGCCACAUAUAGGCCUCAGCUAGCGACCAUGUCAAAAGAGGUCUCGGUGGAAACAACCAUUGGAUUCACAAAAGAGGCACCUGAUCUUCCGGUUAGUGGGUUCAAUGUGUACCACAAAAAUCGCCUCAUCAGGCCAUUCUGGAAAGUCACAGCUGAUGGUUCAUCGAAGGGAAAUGGUGUUAUUGGAUUUCUUGAAGCAAACUUUAUAGAGCCAGCCCACGAUAAGCAGGACUUUGAGCGAUCAUCAUUGUUUAUCCGUCUUGAAACAAAGCUGAAACAAAUGGUAAUGGAAUACUGGAAAAGCCAUUGCCACUUUGUGGGCUAUCAGCCUCUUAUUCCUAGUGAACUUAAGCUGCACAGAGAACGGGCUGGUAAAGCUUCUGGUGGACCAACACCUAUUAAUGUUGAUACGGGUGAUGGGCAGCAUGUAAGUGGGGGUACUGAAUUGAGUGAUGAGUUGCUGGUGUGCAUUCUGAGUCCAGAAGAAGUAGUGAUAUCUAAUGGCAAUACAGAGGGCAUGUCAGUUGAGGAAAUAUGUGAGGAAAAUAUACAACUCUUCCGGAGGUACGAGGAACAUGUGAAGAAGGAGGAUGAACUGAAGAAGACGAUAACCAACCUAGAGAAGGAGCUAGAGUUUGCAAGAAGGAAGAAAGACCAACUUGCUCAAUAUCUGGAGACGAAGAGGAAGCAAAAGGCGGCAGAGCAUAAUAGUGCCCAGACCAAUGCCUAAUGGACAAUCAUCCGAAAAUGCUCAACUGUAUUCUUUUGUAAAUGUAACAGAAAAUGAGACAAUGAGCCUCAUCUAACAGUACCCUUUUUCGCUGUGUACAUAGACCAGACAGUAACUUUAAUAUAAUGAAGAUUCAAGCCUCAGUGCUCAGUUUACCUUCAUUUCCACUUUUCCAGAUUAUGACAUUCUCACCUGCUUUCUUUUU